CACUGAGGCUGUGAGGCGGCGUGUGCUCACGACGAGCAAGAGCCACAUGAUCAGAAAUGUCAAUGGAGAAACCAAAGGCAACUCGUUUUUCUUGUUUACGUUAUAAUUCUCAGUGACUGUAGAUCAAAUAUCAUGAUGGCGUUCAUCGAACUUAUUGGAACUAACCAAAUCAUUGUUGUUUCCAUUGCCUAACCAAGGAUUAAAUCCAAUUUACACCACUUCGUCCAUGCAGGUUAAAUGGAAUGAGUAAAAUUUGCAAAGCAGCAGUAUAACGUAACCCAUAAGCUGGUGUGUCUUGGCACAAUACAAAGCUGUCCAUGACUCAAUCGAACCCCAUUCUUGGAAAACAACAUGCCAGUUAGCAACUAGUAUCAGAUCAUGUGGUCAAGACGCCGCUGGGUGUCCGUUUCAGAUUUAUGCCUUACUUCAGCUUUUUAUAGUGAUUUGAUAUUCUAGGAGUUAUUUGUCACAUCUCUGAAGCCCCCCAAAAUAAAUCUGUAGGUCUCCUGAAGGCGGGCUGAAGCACAGGCAUGACUUGGAAGGUGUCGCUCUGAUCCGCAUGUCAUGUCAACGUGUGCACUAUCACUGAUGUCCCAGGCAGCGUACAGGCUCAACAAACUCCCCCGGGUUUCCUCUGCAGGCGGACGUAGCCGACCCGCGUCUGCCCUCUGGGCUCUGCACACUUCACAGGGCAGGCGAACCUGUUGCAGAAUGUCUGGAGUGUUUUAUGUCUUCUGAGCUGUGCAGCACAUGCGGGGACAGCAAGUCACUUGUGGAGAGCAGUAUCACCGAAUACUCUGAGACGUCCGUCUUUUUUAAAGAGGACGCACACUGACGCUAAUAUGCCAGCUGAACUCUGUUUUGACCCUUCGAAAGUCUUACAGCAAGACAGUCCUACAAAGGAGAGGAAGCCUUUGGAAAUUGGGACGGAAUCGAGCAUGUUUUCUGCAGAACAGAAACCAUCUGUUGGUUCUGCAGUGCACCAGACUGUUUCUGGAUUAAUGCAGACCGAUGGAGAUUAUAUUAAAAACGGACAGCUCAGUGGAGAAUUAACAGAGCAAGACGAACUGGAUUGUUCUGAGAGCAGCAGUGUGUCUGAAUUGGACUUGGAGCGCAGUGAGUCUUUUCCAAUAAACAGUGAUUUUGUCCACUCGAUUGAAAACAAUGAAUGCACUGAAUUCAGCAUGCAGUCAAACAUCAGUGACCAAACUGUAACGGAAGAACACGAACCAGAGGAGUUUAUUCUAUUUCAGGCUAUAGAUACUAAAAUCCAAGAGCUUCUUUUAUCAGACCUUGAAAAGCUUUAUGAGCAUGAACCCGAAUCUGAGCAACAUUCAGAGGAGGACAGUAGCGACGAAGGUUCGGAGGAAAUCUGCAUCUCGGGUUUGUUUGAGCAAUGUGGCGAACAAGAUCCACACGAACUGGAAAAGGAACCAUGCAGAUACUUUGAACAAUGUAAGAUUAACAAUCAAAACUUGCCCUGUGAAUACCAUACCACACAUUUUGUAUCCUCUGAAAUGUGCCAGGCCUUUAAAGAAAGCAUGCCAGCUGGAUUCUCUGGGUCCCUUGAGCAGCAACCACCUGCUAGACAAAUAGAAAACACACACGACACUGAGUUAACUGCAGAAAACAGCCACGGAUCCUGUUCAGACUUAUUUGACGGCUCCGCUCAAAGCCAGCAAUCUGAUGACUUUGCUGAACAGACUUGGGAGCAGAAUCAGAGCUUUGACUAUUAUACCGAACCAGAUUCUAGCCAGCUGUCUUUUAAUGAAAACGAAAGUAUUAAGAUGCUCGAACAAUGCUCGAGUUGUGGAAAAUAUUUUGAGAAAUUUGAAAUCCCUAAGCAGCGCAAGCCCUUUGAGCCCGCUCAGAAUUCAGAAGACUCACAACAAAGGGAAUCUUUCGAAAAAAAACCCGAGUUGUGUGGAGCUAUUGGAACGCAGUGCUUCGUGUUUCACACCUCCGAACUCUCUAGAGAAAACGGUCCUACAGAACACAACACAAAUGAGGUUAAACAGCAGCCAGAGUGUGAUAUGAUGUUUAUCAGAUCAAUGGAAACCUUUGAGGCUCGUUGGCUCUCGCAGUUUCUUGCCGUUGACUGUCACGUAAAGAAUAUCUUUGAAAGAGAGGAAGCUGAGGACCUCGAUGUUACAAUCGGUGGGCCAAGUGACGAAUCGCUCCCUUGUGUCAGUGACGCUAACGUCGAACCUGUAAUUGAACCGCCAGAUAACUCCACCGAGCCAAGGAUACUCUGUGGAGAGUGCGAAACGAGAGAAUAUGCACAGUUAGAUUGUGACGAGCAUUCUGAGCUGUUUGAACUUUGUGAUGUUGAGGCUGGAACGUUCGACUGUGAGUAUGAUGAAAGCAAAGCCGGAGAGUCGGUUGUGAAAGCAGCAUCAAUAGAUGAAGGUAGCGAAGAGGAAUAUGCGGACUGUAUCGAUAGCAAAAGCCAAAGCAGCGGUGAAACAGACGAGUCAUUUACAAGUUUUAUUGAUGAGCCUGAAGAGAACUAUCCUGUCCAAACCGAUGAUGGCAAAGCUAUACAUGAUCUUCCUGAGCAGGACGAAUGUUCUACUAGAGACAGACACGAGGUCGCUGAAGACCUUGGUGAGGCCCCUGAUGAUUAUACACCUGAUGAAGUCGAAGAACAUGACAAUACACCGCAGUCCUGCUCUGAGCCACAAGCUUUAGAAAAAGAAAUGUAUAAAACAUACGCAGAGGUACUUUGCUCUGGGCUUUACACAGAAACAGUACCAAAACCCUGCCUUGAACAAACUAUGUCUGAUGAUGAGGAGGAUUAUGGACCUGAAUUUACUGAUGAAGCUACCUCAGAUGAAAUGGAAGACCAGGACCCCGAAGUCUUCUUUGAAGAUGAAAAGGAUGUCGAAACUCAUGGGGAAAGGAUCGUGCUCGAUCCGUCAGAUGAACUUCCUACUGAGGAUGAAACAGAGAUUUACAACAGACAUGCCGAGAAUCCUUGUUCUAUUCAGAGCGCAUGUCACGAACAAGGAAUCUCUGCUCAUGAAACGUAUGCUGAACAUGACCGCGUUACAGAAACUGAGUUCAUCGAGGUUUCCGUGCCUGUAGAAAAGGAAGUUAAACAUGAUCUAGUUUCUGAGACAUUUGAUCCAGAACAAAAUGAAAGUGCAAAUAAAACCGAAGCGUACCUGUCCGACUCUGAUGACGACGGCCUGAUAAAAGAUGAAAACGUGCUGGAAUUUGUAGAGGAAACAGAGGGAGUUCAUGGACCCUGCUGUGGCGAGAUAGAAGCAUGUGAAGAAGUAGACAUGUUUGUAUUUUCCUCUGAAGAGGUAGCUGAUGUUAAAAAAUGCAUUGAGUUAAAUGCAAGUGAAGAUCCCCAGAAUGGCGCUCAUGACUUAAUGACCGUGCAAAACGCCAUCGAGCCGCAACCUGACAAAGAUCCUCUCAAAGAACUCGAGCCACGUGGGUGUUGUAGUAUAUCGUUAGAUCUUACAGAAACGAUUGAUUCUCCACCUCAAAGUAAGCGCAGCGAAAAAUUAGAUGGAAUCAUACAUCAAGUCGUGCGAAGUACAACGGCAGAGCCCAGUGAGCCAGACGACUUUUUUAAGCUAGCCGACGAAACCUCUGAACAGACCGAAGGUUCCGAAGACAGCGAGGCCUCUGACGACGAGGAUUACCCCGAGUACUGCGAUUGUGAAUUCUGUGUGCAGUCUAUAGAGCAGGUGCCAGCUAAGCCGCUCCUUCCCCAGAUCAAGUCUAAAGAUGUAGGAAAGAUUUGCGUAGUGAUCGAUCUGGAUGAGACGCUAGUGCACAGUUCAUUCAAGCCGGUGAACAAUGCUGAUUUUAUCAUUCCGGUGGAAAUUGAUGGAGCUGUACACCAGGUGUAUGUACUGAAGCGACCUCACGUCGAUGAGUUCUUGAAGCGAAUGGGCGAAUUAUUCGAGUGCGUGUUGUUCACUGCAAGCUUAGCCAAGUACGCAGAUCCCGUGUCAGACCUGCUGGAUAAGUGGGGCGCCUUCCGCUGCCGUCUCUUCCGAGAAUCCUGCGUGUUUCAUCGUGGAAACUAUGUCAAGGACCUGAGCCGACUGGGCAGAGACCUCAACAAAGUUAUCAUCGUGGAUAACUCACCAGCAUCAUACAUCUUCCACCCAGACAAUGCUGUACCCGUAGCCUCUUGGUUUGACGACAUGUCUGACACAGAGCUGCUGGAUUUGAUCCCGUUCUUUGAGAGACUGAGUAAAGUGGAUGACGUGUACGCUGUGCUCAAACAGCAGAGGACUAGCAGCUAGCGCGAUCGACGGAGCAGCUUUCACCACGGGGCCAGGGAGGCUGGCGGGGUUCGGAACGCCACUUCCCUGCUACAUGGGAUCUGUCGCCGGCUCACUCCUCAUCACCUACCCAGAAUUCCAUUCGCAGGAGGUUUGAUGGAGAAGCAUAAAGUUGAUGGAAACCUGAUAUGGCUAGAACAAUGGAACUGUGAAGGACUGCCCACAUACACACACACACACAAAAAAAAUUAUCAAUUUUUAACACUUGAAUAUGUGUUAUUUCUUCUUUUGUAGCUUUUUUUUCACUUCAAAGCUAAGGUAGAGGGAAGCCCUGUUUAAACUAAAUAUCGCUGAUUUUAGAUCGAGAAAUGUUUUUCUCUAAAACCAUACAAUAGCUUAUUACGUUUAUUUUACUAAAGGACAGUGGUGACAUUUUGGCAAGUAGCCUAAUGUUUCAAAACUUUUACAUGCAGCAUGUGUGCUUUAGAGCUGUUUGGAGCAGACGAGUAUGUCUAGGAGAGACUCGGAGAACCAGAAUUUCUCCCCAGGCAUUAACGGGAGCCAAGGGAGCUUUAAGAUUCAUUCCAAAUCAGGGUGGGGAAUAAGGCCAACUGUGAGUAGUCACCAUGCAGAUGUGCAUUGUUAAAUGAAAGCCAUUUUAUUGCACAACUUUGAAAGCAUUAAUCUUGUGUUCUAGUUGUUUGUGAGUGAGUUGUGAGAUGUUUUUAUAGACAGAUGUGUGUGUGUAUUUGUGUGGGGUUUUUUUUGUCUUCCGGUUAGAUAAAAACAGGACAUGUACAUGUUUUACAUGUGAGAGGAUAAUCCGCCAAACAUGAAGGCAUUUUAAUCUUGCUUCCUAAACUACAAAAAAAUGGUUACGUUAUGUAUAUAAAACACCAAAAGACUCAGAACAUUAGUGGUUUUUGUUUAAAGGUUUUGUUUUUACAUGUUCAACGACCUAAAAUCUCUCAGCUCCCUUGCUUGUUUUCGUGAAGAGGAUAUUCAUACAUCGGUACAUUCUGUGUAGGUAAAUGCAGGUUGUUUUUAAAAAAAAAAAAAGAAGAAGAAAAAGGUCUGUAUAAAAGUCCCCACACAGGAGUCAAGUGAAACAUGAGUUUAUUUGCCAGAAUGUCAGUCCUGUACUUUUAAGGCAUUAUUUACCUCAAACAUUGGGAAUGCCAAUCACAUAACAUGCUAUGCUUUCUCUUUCCUUUCUUUAUAUAUAUAUAUAUAUAUAUAUAUAUAUAUAUAUAUAUAUAUAUAUAUAUAUAUAUAUAUAUAUAUAUAUAUAUAAUUUUUUUUUUUUAAACCAGUCCAAAUGAAAAACGGUUAUCUUAUUAUUUUCUUUGCCAUGUUUGGACUUUUCAGUUAUAAACCAGAGAAUGUUGUACAAUCAUGUCCAGAUUUCAGAUUUUAUGGAUGUAUGAAAGGGAAGCAGGAAGUACACAUUCUAUAAUGAGGGCUCUGUUCUCAGGCUAGUGGAUAAAGGCGCUAAAGCCCCUUUACAUAGAAUGACAGAGAGCAUGCUGUCAUUUCCGUCACCGAGGCCAAGGAGUUGCCGUAGUCAGUCUUUUACAACCUAAGUGCUCUUCAACAAAUCCAGUACAACAGUAUGCCAUUUGUGACUUUCUAUUACUCUAAGAAAGUCAAAGCAUUCUUGAACACAUCCUCAUUGUUACUAGUGGAUUUAAAUUUUUUCACAAGCGCCUUUCAUCGUCAACGCUUCAGAUUUCACAAACCUUUCAAACUCCAAUUUGGGUGCCUUAGUGUUGGACGUGCAGCUUUCUCUGCCUAGCAAUGCCAAUGAAUGUGGACAUGUCAAGUUUACUUGAGAACUAUAAGGUGGACUUUUUUGCAAGUGUUGAUGCUGUGUCAUUUGGUGAUUGGUUCAAAGGAGAUAAUCGAUGAUGGUGACAAUGAGCUGUUUUUUUUUGUUUUGUUUUGUUUUGUUUUUGUAUUGCAUUUUGUACAGGCAUGAUUAUGGUAGAGCCAUGCUAAUUUUCUCUACUUAUGAUAACGAGUGUAGUGCUGCAUCGAGAGAGAAAGAGAUAGAAACUGGCCUAAAGUUUUGAGUCAUGAUUCAUUUUGACAAACACAACUGGUUUCUUCUGUUAUCUGUAUUUCAUCCCGGCCUCAUAUUUUCUUCGUUAUUGAAAAUUUCAUCGGAUGUCCAGAUUAAUCUAGAUAUUAAUAUAUUUAUUACAUUAUAUUAUUCCUUAGCCAAGCAGAUCGGUACUAACUCUGGAUAAGCGAUAGUUCACAUUUUAAGAGGACAAAGAAAAGAAGACUCCAGCUUAGACUCCAGCUGCAGCAGCCUGUUGAUCUGCAUUUUUCUUUUCCUUUUUCCUCUCCUUAAUAUAAAAUGUUUUGUUCGCUGGCAAAGAUUUUCAGUCCUCUCUCAAUGCAUACGGUGUUAACACGGUGUCGAAAUGUAACCGAAUCCCAUAUCUGACGUGGUACAUUCCUAAAGGUCUCAUCAAUCUAAUAGAUCCCUCACACUAAUCUGAACCAGCUCUUAUUUAUUUUCCUAUCUUAUAUAACAGCUCUUGGUGGUGUCCUCUUCACAUAUCAAGUCUAUGCUUUAUUUUUCCUGAUACUUUUAUAACCCAGGAACGGUGGCUAACAUAAUCAAGCACUUUCUUGAUAUCUCGGUAGCAAUCCGUAAUAGUUUUGCGCUCCUAAAAUGCAUUGUUUGGUCUCUUACAGCUUGCACUGUCCUCUGGUACUGUCUGUUUAGGAGACAUUGGAGUUCGGUGUUUUUUUUUUCCUAAUGAGGUUGCUGUUUAAAUGUAAUAAGCAGCAUCUGCUGAUGCAGCAUCCCAGUUGUAAUUAGAAGAGGGACAGUAUAUCUGGCCCUGUGUGUAGAAACCAUCUUGGAAUACAGCUAUGAUUUUGAAUCAACCAUCCUCGACCAUUGUACGGUUGCUCAUCAGGGAAUAACGCACGGUUUCCACCCCACAUGCAUAAAGUGGAGGAAAGAAGAACCCGUGGUGUAAAAUCUGAUCUAGAUUUUUUCUAGAUUGGCCCUGUAAAGAAAUACUAUAGAAAUAGUAUAUCAGUAGUCAUCUUUCAAAAUUCUUAAUAAGAUUAACACUUAAGCCCAGAUUUUCAGUAUAAUGUGAUUCCUAUUUCUUUUAGAAGAAAUGGCGCCCCCUGGAGUUCAGUUAUAUGCAGUGUUUUAUGGAUGUAUCCUUACGGUUCUUGUUUCUUAUAUUGUAGGAGUCACUAUGCAACCAAAACCAUCCAAGCAGUCAUUUGAGUUCAGUUAACAACUAAACCAAUGGUGCAUUUAUUAUAUUUUUUUCUGCCCUUAUUUUAAUGUAAAAUAUGUUGUUUUUUUGUUUUUUUUUUGUUUUGUUUUUUUUGGGGGGGGGGGGUUUACAUUUAAAAAUUAACAUAAAGUCAGGACUAGGUGCUAGAUUCAGUUGUACUCAAAGUACUAAGUCAUAAUUUUUUACUAUUCACUCUGGAAGUAACUUCUGAAUACAUGAUGUCACAGCCACAGUGCUGUUUUUUUUUUUAAGCCAGUUCCUGAUCUGAACUUCAGAGAAGUGUCUGUUUAUUUUUCAUGUGCUCAACUACAAGAGUAACACAAUGUAUAUAGUCAUUUAUUUAACACGUAUACCCUCCGCCUUUGCGUUUGUUAUACUCUACUGCCCCUUCUGUACUACAUUUAAACAAACACCACAUUUGUCCCACACUUCUGUGUGUCUGGUAAUUUGUCUUAGGUCAAACCAAAUUCAGCAUUAAUGGGUAGAGAUGGUCUUUUUUUUCUCUCUUGUUUUGUGAUUUGGAAAUAGGAAAGCCCAGUUUAAAUUAAGUCGGCUGUAACCUAGUCUUGAAACUUUUGUAAUUAUUAAUUGUAUUUUACUGUACUGAAUGAGAUAUAUCAUAAAUGAAACCGAUGAAAAAAUGA